UUAUGCAGAUCCUCUCCAAGUGGGAUAGUUCUGUGCUUCUGCCAUGGGAGCAGGUGGUCGAAGGUUGUUUUGAUGAGGUUACAAAGCUCCUCCCCUCUUUCCCCAAGCAGCAGUCCAAUGUACGUCAGCAGUAAUUGUAUGCCUUACACUGCUGUACAGUGAGGCUGAGUGUAAAAGACAUAUCAAAAAGAGGUAUCAAACUGAGACCUAGAUGUUCCUUUUCAAUGAUUGCUCAUUUCCAUGAGCCAUGCUUGGGAUAAAGACUUCAGUGCAGUCAAGAUAAAAGAGAGAAAAUCUGUUGCCUAAAUAGGAGGCUUUUAAUGAGGAUGUGAGCCCCUGGGAGCUGGAUUCUGAAGUAGAAGGAUGCUGCCUGCUGUUCUCUUGUCAUUUCUUCAGUUGCUUCUCUCCCCUUUUCCAAUGGGCCUAGUAAGCGGGAACUAUCCAAGGUACUAGGAUGCUGGAAGCUUUGCUUUUGAAUGCAGACGGUUUGCAGAAACAGAGAAGAAACAGAUUACUGCUUAUUUCAGAAGAAUCUAUUCAAAUGAGGCACCUUAGCAAACCCGGGUGAUUGCAUUUGGUAUUGUAAUCAUCUAUGUGGCAAAGUGGGUAAAAAUCAUCCAAUUUCUUCUCUGCUGGACCUCAAAUCAGAGAGCUGUGUGGGUGUACCCAUCCAUUACCUAUGCCCUCUUUUCUCUGAGUGUUGAUUUAAAGAAGGAAGUACCUAUCUUCUUCUGCUACAGCAUUUUACCGUGAAAACUUUCAAGGCUAUUCUAUCUGAUAGGAAGAAGAUCAAUAAGACACUGAUAUCUAGUGAUGAAGAAUCUGAUAGUAUGGACACUUUCGCCAUCCAGAUAUAAUGCACUUUAAUUGAAGAAAAAACUGAGCUGAACUACAAGUCUGUUUCUUAUGGUUCUGGAAUACUCCUGCAGACUGCACUGAGAUAAAGCACGGGAAAGGGCUUUGACAGACACAAGUCACCUUUUGAUUAUUGCACUUAGCUGUCCCUGGGGACUUAAAUUUUGGAGAGUGUUUCUUCCUUUUUAACAUGAUCUCCUGCAAGAUGAUGAGUUCUAAUUCAGAGGAGGACACUUUGGAUGCUUUUCUCCAGUAUAUAGAGGAUAUGGGAAUGAAGGCCUAUGAUGGCUUGGUUAUUCAAAAUGCAUCAGACAUUGCUCGAGAGAAUGAUCGCUUACGGAAUGAAACAAACCUGGCUUACUUGAAAGAAAAGAAUGAAAAGCGCCGCAAACAAGAAGAAGCAAUAAAACGCAUAGGUGGAGAAGUUGGGCGAGGGCACGAAGGAAGUUAUGUGGGCAAACAUUUCCGAAUGGGAUUUAUGACCAUGCCUGCUCCUCAGGACAGACUUCCUCAUCCUUGCUCGAGUGGCUUUUCCGUGAGAUCCCAGUCCCUUCAUUCAGUGGGUGGCACGGAUGAUGACAGCAGCUGUGGCUCUCGGAGACAGCCUCCACCCAAGCCAAAGCGGGACCCCAGUACAAAACUGAGCACUUCAUCAGAGACGGUCAAUGCCACAGCAACUGGUAAAAGCGUCAGACUCCCAGAGAGGACUGAAGGGCCAGUCAAACCCAGACCCCACAGUGAUGAAUAUUCCAAGAAGAUCCCUCCUCCUAAACCUAAGCGAAAUCCAAAUACCCCUAGCACAUCUUUUGAUGAAACCUACAUCAAAAAGCAGGGCUACAAGACUUCGCUGACACGGGACACAUCCUUAUCGCAGGUGAGCAGUCCUGCUCUAGAUACUGAGGAAGAGGAGCCUGUGUACAUUGAAAUGGUGGGGAAUAUUUUAAGAGACUUCAAAAAAGAGGAAGAUGACCAAAGUGAGGCAGUUUAUGAGGAAAUGAAAUAUCCUAUUUUUGAUGAUGUCGGCCAAGAGUCAAAAUGUGAAUUUGACCAUCACAGCUGCUCUUCUCAGUGUGCUACGCCCACAGUGCCUGACUUAGACUUCGCCAAGUCCUCAGUGCCAUGUACUCCAAAGGGUUUGCUUUGUGAUAUUCCCCCUCCCUUUCCAAACUUACUGUCCCAUAGACCCCCACUGUUGGUGUUUCCACCAGCGCCUGUCCAGUGUUCCCCCAAUUCUGAUGAGUCACCUCUAACUCCACUUGAGGUCACAAAGCUUCCUGUGUUGGAAAAUGUGUCUUACAUCAAACAGCAGGCUGGAGCUUCUCCAUCAUCACUGCCAUCUCAUGCCUCUGGUCAUCCCAAAUCAGAGAAAGACCAGACAAUAGCUCAUGGACCAUCUUCUUCUUCCUCUUCGGUUCAUUCUUCGUCACCUCCCCACCCUUCCACUUUAUAUAGAACACCAUCUCCACAUGGAUACCCUAAAAGUCACUCUGCUUCACCUUCUCCUGUUAGUAUGGGGAGGUCGCUUACUCCCCUAAGUCUCAAAAGACCGCCUCCCUAUGAAUCUUUACAUUCAGGAAGCAUCUCUAGAAGCUCUCCAUCAGUGCCUCAUUCUACAGCCAGAAACACACUACAGGAAGGAGGGAAGAUGGUAAAUGCCUCUGUCAAUACCUAUGGGUCAUCUCAGAGUGGCUCCCGCUCCAGAACACCAACAAGUCCUUUAGAAGAGCUCACCAGCCUCUUUACCUCAGGACGAAGCUUGCUGAGGAAGUCCUCCAGUGGAAGGAGAUCAAAAGAACCUGCAGAGAAACCAACAGAUGAGCUGAAGAUAAGAAGCCACAGUACAGAACCACUACCAAAGUUGGAAAACAAAGAGAGAGGCCAUCAUGGGGCAUCUUCCUCUAGAGAGCCAAUAAAAGCUCAGGAAUGGGAUGGAACACCAGGGCCACCAGUAACAUCCAGUAGACUGGGAAGAUCAUCUGUUAGUCCAACCUUGUUAGCAGGAAACAGCAGCUCAGAGCCUAAAGUAAGCUGCAGAUUAGGUCGCUCUGCAUCCACAUCAGGUGUGCCUCCUCCAUCAGUUACUCCUCUCAGGCAAGCCAGUGAUCUGCAACAGAGCCAGGUGGCAUGCAUGCAGUGGUUGCAUGGAGACCAUACAAUGUUGGAGAUGAUUGAGAAAAAGCGCUGCUUGUGCAAAGAGAUCAAGGCGAGACAGAAAACAGAAAAGGGACUUUGCAAACAAGACAGCAUGCCAAUUCUACCAAGCUGGAAGAAGAAUACAGGGACAAAGAAGUACAGUCCUCCGCCAUAUUCUAAACAACAAACAGUGUUUUGGGAUACUGCGAUAUGACAAAUAUGAGGUGCCACAAACUCCACAAGACUAUUAUUUCACUUUUAUUGGGGGGGGGAUGAUCACCAGGCCUGUGUAAGAGGGUAUUGGUCAAUAUAUAACUUCUUUACUGGUUAUAAAAUUGCAACACUGCCUUUGGAAAACCACGUUAAGUUUUGCUUACUUAAAACAAGUCCAAGGCAAAUCAACUUUACCAACAAAUUAAGGUGUGUUUAUUGAGAAUUUUUUUAAUCCAAAAGAUAUUUAAAAUGUAAAUAUUUUACUAGUCUAUUGAAAGAAAACACCUGAAAUAGUACACAUAUAUACAUAUAUAAUUUACAGAUGUAUCAAGAGUUUUACUAUAUAAUGUAUUAAACAGUUUAUUUUCUAUUUUCUAUGUAAUCCCCUAAUUGGUUUUCUUUUCCUUACCCAUCUAAAUUUGUCUUCUGUACAAAAGCAUGUAACUAUAAAUCAUUGUUCAGCAGUAUAAUAUAUGAGUAAAUCUGGUGCUGGAAUGGUAGAAGUUGAAUAUCACCAUAUUCAUUAGGCACAUCUGUUACUUUUUAUUUUUAUUAAAAACUAGACAGGAAAUUAAUGCAAAUGUAGCACCUAAUUUGGAUGUCCACAUCACAUUAAAACCAAUCUCUUUUGCUACAUUAGUUUUUAAGGAGUUUAUCUUAAAUACCCCUCUUGUUUAUAUUAAAUAAUGGUUAGCCAACUCUCCAGGGACAGUUAUUUGGAUAUACUUGGCUAACCUAGUAGAAUAACUUUACUUUAGAAAUGUCUGUAGGGAUACAUUUCCUUGCAUUGUUGAUUUGAUUAGAGGAGACCAGGGUUCACUGUGACUAUGAAAAAGGAUAUCAGAAUCUGAAGAAUUAUACUGUUUUCUAGAAGGUUUCUUUUUUUUUCUUAUGGCAAUGUAGCCACAAUUCCUGACAAAUGGAAGACUGAAGGGUUUGAGGAUAUGUGUUUUUAUUUUUUUACCUGAGAAAAAAAGAAAUGAUGAAAGUCAUUCAAGAUUUGUUUACAUUGCUUUUUUUUUAUUUGUGUGUGUACUCAAAUGUUUCCCAAAUUAGCUACAUUUAAGAUCGAAAUCCCAUUUCUACAAUAUCAUCAAUUAAUUUUAAGAUAUUCAGGUCCAUGCAGAAUUCCCCUUUGUAUGAAAAUAUACCAUGACCACAACCAAAGAAUUGCGACUUUUAUUUUAUUGUUUUGAUUUAUUUCAAAGGAAAAAAUGGGAUGGGUCCAAUUGUAUAUGAUGGUGGGAUUUGUGUUAAAAGCUAUAUAUCUUCCAAAAGCAACUUAGUAAAAAUUAGAAUAUUGCCACGGAUUAAUAAAUAGUAAAUGAUCACAUAUAUUUUGUAUAUUUAAAUGACUAUGCUUCUUAAAUUUGACAGCAUGAACAUUCUUUAAAAAUCACUACUAUUCUUUGAAAAAAGUGUGUUUUUUUGACAUCACUGUCAUAUUGGAUUUCCUUUUUUAAAAGAUAUUGACGGCAAUGCUACAGUGCUGGUCAAUAAAACCAAAUAUAACAGAAUUUCAUAGUUUUUUGUAAUCUAUAUUGCUAAACCUUGAGUAAUGCUUUAUCAGUGUAGUUCCUUUCAAGCCUUUGAGAUAUUUUAAAGAUAAUUUUAAUAAUUUAUAGCUAAUGUAUAUUUUGAUGUCCAAACUCAGAAUUCUGUAUGAGAUAAGGAAAAAAAAGGUAAGUGUUUGUAUAUACAUGUGAGAGUGAAUAUGCAGGAAAUAUUUGCAAAAGCAAAUUAAGAGUAAGAGGAUUUUCCAUAGUGGAGGCAGGGGAAUAAAAAUGAUAAACAUAAUUAUAGGAAGUUAUGAAAAGAUCUUUAGCACUUCAAGAUAAUCCUUGUCCCUAAAAUUUACCAGUUGUAUGUUGUUUCAAAUCCAACCACCACUGACUUAUAAAAAUCAAUGCUUUUAUGAAAACACAUUGAUUUAAAGAAAAUGUUUAUGAUAUUAGUUAUUUACCAUUCAUUUAAGUAAGUCUUAUCACAGAGAUCCAACCAAGUCAAGUUCAAGAGACAAACUACUCUUAAAUAUAAGGGUAUAUUUGGAGCAAAUGUACUAAUCUUUGCCAUAAGCAUGAAACUUAUAUUGAGGAAAUAACUUUUUAAAGAAGAUAUAAAUGUGCUAUCACUUCUUACCUAACCUCUUUUAACUAGGAAAGAGAACUGGUAUUAAGCGUACAACUUGACAGAUGGGUAACUCAAGUAGAAGUGUUUAAUUUUGAUGGAACCAAUUUUUCAUCUACAAACAUUUGAUUCUCUUGUAUAACUUUUCCAGUUUCUUAGGUUAGGAUACAUAUUUUCAUGUAACUUCUCCUAAGCCUAAUCCAAAUAUGAUGCAAUUGGGUGAUAUGAAAAAGUGACAUCACUGUGAUUCAAGUUCUGAUACUUCCAUUAUAUGCCUAUGAAAUUGUUAAUUGCAUAUAUCUAAUCAAAUCCAGUGAACUUUUAUUAAGCAAUGAAGAUAUGCAAUAUGCAAAGCACUGUGGUGGGUGCCAAAGACAAAAAAUUAAAACUGCCUUCAUUAAUCUUAUAUUGGAAUGGGAAUGAAUUUGUGUGAGAAAAGCCUUCAUUGACUGGUUUGCUUACUACAAAAAGUAUUUCUCUCUUCUCUCAUUAUUUCUUUACUUGAAGCUUAAUAGACAAAGUAAAGUGGAAAGACAAACUCUUGAGAACCAGAAAGAAGACAAGUCGAUCUAAGCUGAUAAUCAAAAGUAAAACACAAAAUUUACAAACACUUGGAUUGACCUGAUUAGUUAUCUUAAAUCAGGUAUGACAUGGUCAUCAGGUUGCUUUGCUACAGUCUACUAAUUCAGCUCCAAGGUCAAGAAAUAGAUUCGUUGGUAGUCAGGGAGAUAGAUUUUCUGUAUACAGUUCCCCUAAGUAGAAAUUAAAUAAAAUUUUUGAAGUGAAAGUGAGAAAAUGGGGGAAAAGGAAAAGCCCAAAUUCAAUAUGAUAAUACUACUACUAUUACACAGAAACACACACACGCAUAUCAGUGUAUUUCCUGGCAUAGUAUUUCUUUCUUAUCAUAUAAAUGUAGGCAUCCAUCUUUUCCCAAGUAGAUGUAAUUAAAACAUACAUGACACAAUUAGUGAUCUCCAGCACUAGUUGAUAAGACCCACAUUUGUAAAACUGAUUUCUAAAACCUACCACUAUAAUUUUUUAAGAAAAUAAGGUAAAAUUUUAUAUCAUUUUGCUCAUAUAACUAUUUAACUUAAGAGAUGAAUUCAAUCAAACAGGGUCUUGCACAUUUUAAGCAUUCCAGAAAUCUUUCUGGACUUAGUAAACGAAGGCUGACAUGACUAAAUUAUAGCUUUAUAAAUCAGUUCUCUGUCUAGACUCAGCUAUACUCAGGUAGUAAGUGGAAUAUUUCUUCAAGGUUCCCAUAUUGUUCAGUAGCAUGCUUUUAAUGUUUAGCUUAGGCUGUUUCUAUAUGCCUAAAUUAGAUGGAGAGUUUUGAUUUACUUCAAUGCUCUCAUGAGUGAAAAUAGUUGCAGCAGUUGUUUGACAAAUGUGUCUAGUCAAGUCAGAAAUCAAUGUGUGUAUACAGAUAAGCUUAGCAUCAUCCAGAUGCUGUUAAGAGGAAGGGGAUUAUCCAAUGGCCUAAGAUAGAAUGCCAUCAGAGUGCUUAAUUCAUGUCCUUUAUUUGCAUAUGAAAUGCAGAGAAUGCCAGUAGCUUAUAAAGCAAAGACCAAUUCAUUAUUACAAGUACAUAUUUGAGCUAGUCAGGCCACAAAAUGCUUUGACUAACUCACCCUGCCUACUGACAGUCCAUGGAAACACAAAUCAAUGACUUAGUCCUUUCUGACUUAUCCAUUCUAAUCGGGAAUACUAUCUUCUCCAUCUUCAUCUGCCCUAUGGUGCACAGUACAAUGCCUUGCACAGAGAAUGCACUGGAUAAUUAUUUACUGCAUCAGAUUUAAUUGAAUUACAUUGGAUGGGAGGCCAAGUUGGUAUUUGCACACCUGGGGCAAUUAAUUAGACAAUCACCAACAUUCCCAAGUUGAAAUUUUUAUAUGGCAAAGAAGCAUUGUUUAAGCAAUUAAUGUUUGAUAUUUGUAUAUAUGCCUUCUAUUUAAUGUUUUCCAGAUCAAGUAGAUAAUCAAAACAAAUGACUGGAAUGCAUUAAAACUAAUUUACAAACACAUAAUGUCUGUUUAUAUGUAAGCAUCUUCAGGCACACAUAUAGUAUGCCAAUGGAAUUAUGUAAAUCAAUAAUGGACUAACAGGUUUUUUUGCAAUGUGAGUAACUACUCUUGAACUCAGUGACUUGAGGGUUGGAAGGAAUUUAAAACAGGUUUGGUAUUUGGAUCAAUGUCUUCUUGGCAAAUAGGUAUAUUGAAGGAAUAAAGAAAUAACUCACGGAGUUUCCCUGUAACCAUAGGUUUCAAAUUUAGGGAUGAAUAUGAAUAUUUAGGGAAGAAUAUAGUUGGGGUUGGCCCCAGCAAAAAAGAUAGUUAAACAAUCUUUUGAGGUGUUUUAUGACCUUCCCAGAGAAUUGGUUUCCUCAUCCCUAAUGUAACUGCAUUGACACAUGUAUGCACCCACAUACAGUAUACAUACUGUAUAUAUUUAUAAAACGUUUAGUAUGCACUUCUUUCUUUGGAACUCUUGGAGUUAAGCUUUCUAGUGUAGCAAUUUGUGUAAAGUGCACUGUGAUGACAAGAAAGCACAGUCAAAUCACAAGUCUUGUUAUUCUUGCACUAAAAAAAUGUGUUUACGUAUUUAGCCACUGUAUGUUUACUUUAUCACUCUUUUUGAAAAAAUUAAAAGAAUAGCUACUAAUAAAUGAUAUAAGAUAGUAUGUUUUUUAGUGGAUAAUGGCACUACAUUUUUAAAAGACAGGGUUUUUAAAAGAGAGGAAACCAUUCAAACUCCAUUUCAUUCUGAUGUAACAUGUUUACCAAUAUCUUAAUAACUGAAUGUUCUAUUGCUUUCUUCAUGUGUCAUUAGAAGUGUCAGGUCUGUGCCUGAAAAUAUGUGCAAGGAAGAAUAGGUAGCAGAUUUCUGUACUCAUGUAUUUCUUAACCAUUUCUACAUACACAAUCUACACACAGAUAUUAUCAUUUCUUUUCAUUUUGUACUUGAUUUUUUAAGUGAUAUGUAAUUAUAAAUGUACUUUGAUACUUCUGAAGUAAGAAUUUGUUGUUUGGGGAAACAAAGUUUUUUGAUUUCCUAGUGCAUUGAAAAUAUUUUACAAUCCUUUUGUGCUUACUGAUUUGUGAUCCUGUGUAAUUAUAAUA